AUGUCCUCAGACGCGAUGGCCGAGGCGAAUCAACGGGUUUCUGCACAAGAAGCUCGGCGACUGCUACAAGAUAUUCUUAAGGGCAAUGGCGUCUCCCCGGAAAAUGCCGCCAUCGUGUCCAAGUGCAUGGUUGCGGCUGAUCUCCGUGGCGUUGAUACACACGGGAUGAAUCGCAUAUCAUCGUACAUGGAGCGCGUCCGCCAAGGAGUGCUCAACCCAGCAGCUGAAGUUACCCUCAAUCAGAUCACACCGGUAGUAGCUCAAGUUGAUGCUGGUAACGGAUUCGGCUUUGUCGCAGCCCAUCGGGGCAUGGCUGCUGCCAUUGAGGCUGCCAAGGUGUACGGCAUUGGCAUGGCCAGCAUCAAGCACUCGAACCACUUUGGUAUGAGCGCAUGGCUAGUACAGCAAGCCAUUGAUUCAGACAUGAUGAGUCUAGUCUUCACAAACUCGAGUCCCGCACUGCCCGUGUUUGGCGGCAAAAGUAAGAUGCUGGGUGUCUCUCCAAUUGCGUGUGGUGCUCCUGGGCGGGGAAAAUCUGACUUUAUUCUCGACAUGGCGCCGUCGAUUGCUGCACGAGGAAAGAUUUACAAAGCUAAACGACGAGGCGAGAAGAUUCCUCUAGACUGGGCUUUGGACUCAGAAGGUCGCCCGACGGACGACCCAGCAGCUGCCCUGGAGGGCGUGAUGCUUCCCAUGGGAGGGCCCAAGGGCUCUGCUCUGGCCAUUAUGAUGGACGUCUUUUCGGGAGUUUUGUCGGGAUCUGCCUUUGCAGGCGGUGUUACGAAUCCAUACGAUCCGUCCAAGCCAGCCAAUGUCGGCCACUUUUUGGUGGCGAUCAAGCCGGAUCUGUUUAUAAGUAUGGACGACUUUCGAGACAGGAUGGACCAUUUAUAUCAAACUGUUGUUGGGUCGGAUAAGGCUGCGGGUGUGGAAAGGAUUUAUUUCCCGGGAGAAAUUGAAAAGGAAGCUCAAGCGGAAAGGGAGAUGCUGGGAAUCCCGUUGGUUCAGGCGGAGAUUGACGUUUUGAAUCAAGAGGCAGCUAGAGUGAAUGCAGCCGGGUUAAGCAUUUUGUAA